GAAGCAGCAAGGUAAAUAAAUUAAAUACUAAGCCAGGCUGGAGGCUGCCAGUGCUCUGGGGGUGAGGGGUACACCCAACCUCACACAUACACACGACCUCAAAAGGCUUCAUGGUGAUAUGGAAGGAGAGCCAACUCCCCUUAAUUUUUCAUUAAGCCUCUCUCCGAGCAAAUCUGGCCUCUGGGCUAACCUGAGACGGGAGGGUUAGUCUGAAUGGUAAGAAGGUAAUGGAGUCUAUUUCCGGUUUUCAAAGGCUGGACUGUCUCCGGGGUUGUCAGCCCACAACAGAAACCCCUUUUUCUAAAUAUAUGGCAACAUUAGUUCGGUACCUAAAAUGGUGAGGUUUGGGGCUUUGUUUCUAGGCUUACAUGAAUACAUUUAAUUUUGAAGAUGUUGUCUGAGACAGUUUUCUAAUCUCUCAUUUUGGGGGGGGAAAUGACUUCUGAUAAAAGGACUGGAAUUGGAAAUUCCUUUUUCUCACCACUGAUGUACUUUUUAUGCCUCAGUAUCCCCAUCUGUAAAAUGUGAUGCUUAAAAAACUAAGUUUUUUAAAAUCUCUUUAAGCUCAUAGAACACCCAAAUACAAAUCUGUAUGAAUAUUCUAUUUCAAUCCACCCUUUCCUGUCUGAGCAUAUAUCCCAGACUGAUUCUAAGAGUAAACAUUAGUCAAAAGUGGUUUCAAAUGAUUGUCAGCACAACCAUUUUCUUAAUGGAUCACUCUGGUUGCAUGAGAAUAUUUAGAAAAGACAACUUCUUUCUUUAAAAGUGGUUAAUGAAAAGAAACAAACAUUACCAGGGCUCUGAGACACUUAAAAAAAAACCUGGAACUGCCUACCUAGACUUUUCUAAACUGUUAAAUUAAAACCUGAGGGCAGCUCAGUGGAUUGAGAGUCCAGCUUGGAGACUGUUGGUUCUAGGUUCAAAUGUGACCUCAGACACUUACUGUGUGACCCUGAGCAAAUCACCUAACUCCCCAUUGCCUAGCCAGCACCCUUCUUGAGCCUUGGAACCAAUGCACCUUACUGAUUCUAAGACAGAAGGUAAGGGUUUAAAAAAAAAAUAAAGAAAUGAAAUGAAACACCUCAGAAUCCAAGGAGCUUUCUUGUUAGUACUUAAAGCCAUCAUACUUUUAUCUUGUGGCAGCUCUUUAAGUGCAAGGCACAGGCCUCUGAAGUUCAACUUGCCAUUCACAGCCUACCAUUUUUAAUAUCCUAAACAGAUUAGAACUAUGUAGAUUGGUCUCUAAUGAAGGCAUAAAUUUUUGGUACUGUAUUUGGGUCAACUGCUUAUACUAAGGCAGCAAGUGACAACAGACAUUACUCAAAUGAAUACUUGUUCUUGAGCUGAACCUCCUCACCAUUUGACAAACAGCAGUUUUUAGGGUGGUGACACUAGAGAUGUAUGUAAUAUGGGGAGAAGCCUCCAUACACUACUGUUAUUAAUUGCCAUCAGAUCUCUAAAAAGAAGUUUGUGUGUCAAACAGAGGCAAAAGCUGUACUAAACAAACAAACAAAAAAGCCCAGGUAACCGGCCAGAAAAGAUCCUAUUAAGUUCCAGCCCUAGUCCUGCCCUGGCUUGGGUACUACCACCAGGCCUUUGCGCAUAUGGAAAUACAGCUGGAUUGGUUGAUAGCUGGCUCCCCUAACUCGUUAAGAAUCCAGGGGGGUGGCCAGCCGGAUGGGUUAUAACCAGCCCAACAGAAACAACCCAGUGGCAUUCCGACUUGAGUUCAGCUGUCACUAAGGCUGAGAAAUUCCCCACUGCCUCUGACAGCGCCCCGUCUGCCCACAGGAGCACCGCGGCUUCUCCUCCAUUCUCAACACAGACCAUGAAAUCAUACCGCAAGCUGCCCACCCGCCUGACUCACACCCCUGGGCCUUAUGGGGAGGAGGAGGAAGAAGAGGAAGAUGAGGGAAACGAACCAGCCCUGGAGGCUGCCCGGAAGACCCCGUCUCUGGGGAAGCGGUGGCUGGGGGCCGCCGUGAUAGUGGGGGCCGUUGUGUUAGUGGGGACCUUCUGGGUCAUCCGGGCCCAGAGUCCUCCAUCGGGGCCUCCGGAGAAAUGUGAUGUCCCUGAGGCCCAGAGAUUUGACUGCUACCCGGAGCGAGACACGGUGGUGACCCCGGAGCUCUGUGGGGCGAGAGGCUGCUGUUUCCUGCAGAGCAGCCAGGGAGGGUCACCCUGGUGCUUCUACCCCCCUGAUUUUCCCAGCUAUGCCUUGACGACUCUGAACCGUACAGACCUGGGCUUCCUGGGGGUGCUGACCAGGACCACAAAGGCCCACUACCCCAAGGAUGUGCUGGAGCUGCAGUUGCAGGUGGAUCUGGAGACAGACUUCCGGCUGCACAUCAAGCUCACCGACCCCAACAACCCCAGAUACGAGGUACCUCUGGAAGUUCCAAACGCCACGAAAAAAGCCCAGAAUCCCCUCUACAGCCUUGAUUUCUCCAGGGAUCCCUUUGGGAUUUUGGUGAAACGUCGGGGGUCAGGAGUUGUACUGUUGAACACAACUGUGGCCCCAUUAAUCUUUGCUGACCAGUUCCUCCAAAUAUCUACCCUUCUCCCAUCUGAGUUCCUCUAUGGCCUGGGGGAGCACCGCCGGGGCUUUCUUCACCACCUCGACUGGACCACCUUGAGUUUUUGGGCCCGGGAUGUCCCACCUACGGAGUCGUACAAUCUUUAUGGGGCGCACCCCUUCUACCUGAGUUUGGAGGAGGCGGGAUCUGCUCAUGGUGUCUUCCUGCUGAACAGCAAUGCCAUGGAGGUGGUUUUACAGCCUGCUCCAGCCCUGACCUGGAGGACUGUGGGGGGGAUUCUGGACUUUUACGUCUUUUUGGGGCCGGAUCCAAGCUCUGUGGUCCAGCAAUACCAACAGGUCAUAGGCUUCCCGAGCAUGCCGCCUUUCUGGGGCCUUGGCUUCCAUCUCUGUCGCUGGGGUUAUGGUAGCAGUAACGAGACGUGGCAGACGGUGAAGAACAUGAGGAACUAUCUCAUCCCACAGGAUGCUCAGUGGAAUGACAUUGACUACAUGGAAGGAUCUCGGGAUUUCACAGUUGAUCCAGAGCAUUUCAGCACACUCCCACAGCUAGUGAUGGACCUUCACAAGCAUGGGCAAUAUUAUGUCCUAAUUCUGGACCCUGCCAUCAGCAGCAGUCAGACUCCUGGCUCUUAUGCACCUUAUGAUGAAGGUUUAAGAAAGGGGAUCUUCAUUAACAACACCCAUGGACAGCCAUUGAUUGGAGAGGUAUGGCCAGGCCUCACUGCAUUCCCUGACUUCUCAAACUUGGAGACUCAUCAGUGGUGGCUAGAGAACCUGAAUGCAUUCCAUGCAAGAAUUCCCUUUGAUGGACUGUGGAUUGACAUGAAUGAACCGUCUAACUUCAAGGAUGGUUCAGUGGAUGGCUGUACCUCUGGAGAGCUGGAUAAUCCACCUUACAAACCUGCGGUGCUGGGAGGAACCUUAUUUGCCAAGACAAUCUGCACCUCUGCAAAGCAAAGCCUCUCCUCCCACUAUAACCUUCAUAACCUGUAUGGGCUGAUGGAGGCCAAAGCCUCUGCCAGUGCCCUGAUUGCAAUCCGUGGGAAGCGCCCAUUUGUCAUUUCCCGAUCCACUUUUCCUAGUCAGGGCCGCUACUCCGGGCACUGGCUGGGGGACAACAGGAGUGAGUGGAAGGACAUGUACUGGUCAAUCCCAGGCCUACUAAAUUUCAAUCUUUUUGGGAUUCCCUUGGUUGGAGCUGAUAUCUGUGGGUUUUCAGGAUCUACAACCGAGGAACUAUGUACUAGAUGGAUGCAGCUUGGAGCCUUUUAUCCUUUUGCUCGAAACCACAAUACCAAAGGCGAGAAGGCCCAGGAUCCAGUCGCAUUCAGCCCCAUGGCUCGAACAGCAAUGAAGGAAGCCCUGAUGACCCGAUAUGCCCUGCUGCCCUACCUCUAUACCCUCUUUCACCAUGCCCACCACUGGGGUGACACUGUGGCCAGGCCCCUCUUCUUUGAAUUUCCACAAGAUACCAAUACCUAUGCCCUGGAUCGGCAGUUCUUAUGGGGACGAAAUCUCUUGGUGACCCCUGUGCUGGAAUCAGGUGUAGAUUCUGUAACUGGCUACUUCCCCAGGGGGCUGUGGUAUGACUAUUAUACGGGCUCAUCUCUGCAAAGCCAAGGAGAAAGAGUGAAGUUGGCAGCUCCUCUUGACCAUAUAAAUGUACACAUCCGUGAAGGUGCUGUUAUCCCCACCCAGAAACCGGAUAUCACCAGCUGGAUGAGCAGUGGGAACCCCUUGCUUCUGGUGGUUGCCUUGUCCCAGGAGGGCAUGGCCUGGGGGGACCUUUUCUGGGAUGAUGGAGAGAGCCUGAACACCUUUGAGAGAGGCAACUAUUCCUAUGUGGUGUUUAAUGUCUCACAGAAUAUUUUCACAUCCACGGUCCUUCACAGCAACGUAGAAGUCAUUUACAUCACUGUGGAUGGGCUGACAGUCUAUGGAAUACAGAAACAGCCUCAAGUGGUCACUGUCAAUGGCCAAGAAAUUCCCUUCUCCUACCUGGAGAAUCAGGUUCUCAGCAUGAGUGGCCUUAAUUUGAACCUCAAUCGGUCCUUCUCCAUCAAAUGGAUUUGAGAUCCCAGAACCGGUGCCUAAGGCUAGGGAAGAUGGCCCAAACCUUGCUUCCUAUGUCCCCAAGGGCAAAUAUAUGUGUAUGUGUGUGUGCUUGUAUGUGUGAGUAACGAAAGAGUCUAAUCUAGGAGCUGCAGUGUCUUCUGUGCCUCACAUCAUGUAGCCCCGGGAAGGUCUCCCUAUCUGUGGCAGCUCAGGAAUAAUUCUCCCUCUCCAAACCAGACAGCAGACACUGCAACUGUCCAACAAUUGCUAAAAGCUUUAAAUUCCCCAAGACCCUUCUCUCCUCAUGGCCCAGAACUGUGAUUAUCUCAGAUCCUACAUUUGGGAUGGGUUCCCUGUAGGAUCCCAACCAGGGUUUUUCAUUUCAAAACUUGUUUGCACUUUACCCACAAGCAUAGGUCCUUCCCUGCAACCAGGUGGGGUGUGUGCUCCUCACUGAACCUCAGAAAUGCUAUUCUUUCCUGCUGCUGAGAUUUAAUGGAAUGGCGGCAUUUCAUGGGGAACAAAUCAUCCGAUCCUAGUGGUUCUUGACUUGAUUUCACAGACUGUUCCCCAGUAAUGCCUGUAUAUAUCCCCUACAGAAGAUGUCCUUUCCCCUUGAUAGCCCUUGGAUGCUGGCAGAUGGGCUUGCUAUUGUACUGAGGGGCUUAUCAUUAUCAGGGUCUAGCUAUGAAAGUCUAUGCAACCCUAGAAAAGUUGAGGAACACAGACAACAAAGGAAGCCAGACUUGGGGCCAGGAAUCUUCAUGUGGUCUGAAACAUACUGUAAAUAUACUUGUGUAAUUCUUCUGAUUGUUCAUUGUAAAAUUAAUAAAAAUAAAGCCCUUUGAAGGGUUAUUCACAUCUCA